AUGAACCUCGUACUUUCUUUGUUCGGUUUCUGCUCAAUCUUUUUUCUUGUUGCUGCUGAAGAUCCUUAUAAAUUCUUCGACUGGAAUGUUACCUAUGGUGAUAUUUAUCCUCUCGGAGUUAAACAACAGGGUAUUCUGAUCAAUGGUCAAUUUCCAGGACCUGAAAUUUACGCUGUAACCAAUGAUAAUUUAAUAAUCAAUGUACAUAAUAGCUUACCCGAGCCAUUUCUUCUCUCAUGGAAUGGUGUUCAACAAAGAAGAAACUCUUUUCAAGAUGGAGUUUAUGGCACAACAUGUCCCAUUCCUCCUGGUAAAAACUUCACCUACAAACUUCAAGUCAAAGAUCAAAUUGGAAGCUUCUUCUAUUUUCCAUCUCUUGCUUUCCACAAAGCUGCUGGUGGUUUUGGAUCCAUCAAAAUCCUUAGCAGACCAUUGAUUCCUGUUCCAUUCCCUAAUCCAGCUGAUGACUUCACCCUCCUCAUCGGUGAUUGGUACAAAAUCGAUCACACGAUCCUGAGGAGGUUUCUUGAUUUGGGACACAGACUUCCACUCCCUCAAGCUGUUCUUAUCAACGGUCGCGCAAAUUGGACAACAUUCACGGUUGAACAAGGAAAAACAUAUCGGCUUAGAAUAUCAAAUGUUGGAUUAGAAAACACGCUCAACUUUAGGAUUCAAGACCAUACUAUGAAAUUGGUUGAAGUCGAGGGAACUCACACUUUGCAAACAUCUUAUUCGUCUAUAGAUGUUCAUGUUGGACAAUCUUAUUCCGUGCUUAUCACGGCUGAUCAAGCACCUAAGGAUUUCCACAUUGUUGCUUCCACUCGUUUCACCGAAAAGAUCCUCACAAGUACUGCGGUACUUCACUAUAGCAACUCGAAACAAUCUGUUUCGGAUGCCAUUCCUGGUGGACCAACCGAGGUCGAUUGGUCCAUCCAACAAGCGCGAUCAAUCAGGACGAAUCUUACUGCGAGUGGACCAAGGCCUAAUCCACAAGGUUCAUACCACUACGGUACGAUAAACAUUAGUAGAACAAUAGAGUUAGUGAGCUCAGCCGCACUUGUGAAUGGUAAGCAAAGAUAUGCCGUCAACGGUGUUUCUUUCGUACCCGCUGACACUCCUUUGAAGUUAGCCGAUUACUUCAAGAUUGAAGGAGUUUUCAAAGUUGGAAGCAUCCCGGAUAGCCCUUCUGGUAAACCAACCCAUCUUGAUACCUCAGUGAUGGGUGCUGAUUUUCGAAACUUCGUUGAAAUCGUGUUUCAGAACCGUGAAAGUAUCGUCCAAAGUUGGCACAUUGAUGGAUACUCAUUUUGGGUCGUAGGAAUGGACGGUGGUACGUGGACGCCUAAUAGUCGUAACCAAUACAACCUCCAAGAUGCUGUGUCUAGGAGCACAACACAGGUAUAUCCUAGGUCAUGGACUGCAAUUUAUAUGGCACUAGACAAUGUGGGAAUGUGGAACAUUAGGAGUGAAUUUUGGGCAAGACAAUAUCUAGGACAACAAUUCUAUAUGAGGGUAUAUUCAGAUGCUGGAUCCAUUAGAGAUGAAUAUCUACUUCCAGAAAAUGCUCUUCUUUGCGGCAAAGCAUUGGGGAGAAAAACUACAACAUUAUGA